AUGUAUGGUGAUAAAUUAAGUAUAGCUUGUUAUGGUGAUAAUAAACUAUUAAGCAAAUUAAAUUAUUUUUUAAAAGUUGAUGUAUAUGAUUUAUCAGAUAUAAAAUUAGAUGAGAGGAUUAAGAACUUACGUAUUAAUUUAAGAUAUAUAUUUUACAAUAAUCCUAUAUCAGAAUAUUUUAAAAAUGAAGAAAGUUUAUUAUCAGAAAGGUCCUUGAUAUAUAUAUAUUUUUUAAGUUUAAAUAAUAUAGAUGAAUAUAAGAAUGAAAAAGAAUAUAUUUUGAAUAGAUGUAGAGAAUCACUUAAUGAUGAAAAUGAAGAAUUUAUUAUAAUAUAUGCAUAUAAUAUAGAUGAUAAUUUAAACGAAUUAAAAAAUAUAAAAAAGAUUAAAUCUGAUUUUAGUCAUAAUAUUUUAAAAAAUAUUAAAAUUUUAAGUUUACCUAUUUUAGAAGAUGCAAAUUAUUAUACAAAUAAAAAGAUUAGUGAAUUAUAUGAAAAUUUCCAAACACGUUAUUGUGAUAUUUUAAAAAUAUGUAUUGAAAAAAAAUAUAACUUAAUAAAAAAUGGAUAUAAUAAAUGCUUAGCUAAUUUUUUAACUUGUACUGAUAUAAAAAAAAAAACCACAAUUGAUAAAAAAAAAAAUAAUCAUGUUUUUAAGUUAGUUGAUAUAUAUGAUCAGAACAAAAAAGAGGAAGAAAAUAAAGAUAUGUCUACAAAUAUUGAUAUGAAUAAUAUAAAUUCUAAUAAUAGUAUUAUAAAUGAUAAUAUUGAUAAUAAUAUAAAUAAAACAAAUGAAAUAAGAAAUAAUAUUUUUGAAGGAUCAAACGAAUUUGUUGAUUUUUAUAAGAAACAUAAUGUAUUUUCAUUUUGUGAUGAAUAUAUAGAUAUUCAUUUUUUUUUAUAUCAAAAUAAUAUGUCUUCAUAUAUUAAUAGUUUACAAUUUAAUACUGAUUUUGAUGAACAGUUAUAUAUAGAUAUGUAUGAUAAUUUUUUAUCAGUUUUUAUGUGGAAUGAAAAUUUAUGCUUACUAUAUAUAAAAUUAAAUUUAUAUAAAAAAAGUUAUAUAUUAUAUAGCAAUAUAAAUAAAUUAUUUAUGAAAUAUCUCAAUGUAUAUAUUAAAAAAAAAAAAUGUAUUAUUCAUUCAUCAUUAUUAUUUGAAAAAAAUUAUCUUACAAUAGCUAGAUAUAUUAGAGAAAAGCAUAUAUGCUCAUUACAUUUAUUAGAAUAUAUAUUUUUUAAAAAAAUUACCAUAUUAUUAUUCUUAAAUAAAUUUUCUUAUAUAUCCAGUAAAGCUUUAAAAUUUUCUCAAUUCUUUUAUAUUAAUAAAAUAUUUAUAUUUAUGCAUAAUUUUAAUCGUUUCAAAAAUAAUAUUCUAAGAAAUUCAAAUGAUAUUAAUUAUUUAAGAAGUAUUCAAAAGAAGAUUAUUAAAUAUAAAAAAAAAGUUGAUAAGAGACAAUCUAAUCAUCAAACGAAUCAGAAGGGAUAUGUACACAUGUCAGAAAAAAAUAAAUAUAUCACAGACAAUAAAUGGAGUAACCAUGUUAAAAAUAUAUCAGACGACGAGAGCUAUUCAAAUUGUAGUGCAAUGCAUCCUAAACCUACAACCAAAAUAAUUAGUGAUAUGGAUGAAGUAUUUAUAAAUAGUAACAGUAUGGAUAAUGUAAUUGAUGAAGACGAGGAAAUUUAUGAAGACCAAAAUAAAAAAACACAUACAAAUAUAAAUACAAACAUAAAUAUAAAUAAUAUUAAGGAUGACCAUAUUUGUGAUAAUAAUAAUAAUAAUUAUCCCAUGGGAGAACAAAAGGAUGAACAUCGUACAAAUAAUCCACAAACAAGUACUAGACAAUAUUCCAAUACUAAAGAAAAAAAAAAAAAUUAUAAAAAUCAUGAACAUAUCAAAUAUGAUAAUUAUAACAACAACAACAAAAAAAAAAAAGAACAAUACAAUAAUUACGAUUUAAAUAUAUUUAAAAGUGAUGAAGAGAAAAUAUAUUUUCUUUUACAUUGCUGUUUUAUGAAUAAAGAAAAUUAUUUUGCCAUAUAUUUUUACAAUUUAGCUAAUUUGAUUAAAUUUUUAUUUGAAAGAAGAGGAUAUUUCUUGUAUCAAGAAGGAUAUAUGAAAAAAAUUAAUAGUGACAAGAAUAUAAAAAAAAAUUUAAAUUUUAGUAAAUAUUUAUCAUUACAAAAAAAUAUUAUGAAAUUAGGUUAUAAAAAUAAUUUUACAACAAAAAAAAAGAAAUCAAAAAAAAGUCUUAAAAUAAAAUCAAAAAGAAAUAGUUCUAUAGACGAAUCUUAUUCAUCUCAGAUUUCUUCAACCAUAUCAGAUAUAUCAGAUAUAAAAAAUACUUAUAAAUAUUUUUGGUAUAAUGAUUUUUGUAUAAAUGUAUCAAACAUAUUUAAGCUUUCUUUUGUUAUCUUAAAAAAUAUUUUAAAUAUUUAUCAUACUUAUCAUAGUAUUUAUGAUAAUAUGGAUAUGAAAAACAGAUUAUACUUUUUUAAUUUGUUCCUAAAUUAUUUAGAAGAAAAAAGAUUUGAAAAAAAUUUGGACAAAGCAGAUCUAGAAGACAAUAGGUAUAUUAAUAAUAUCAAAGGUAUUAAUGAUCAUGCAAUGAACAACAACAAUAAUAAUAUUAAUAAUAAUAAUAAUAAUAAUAUUAAUAAUAAUAAUAAUAAUAAUAAUUAUAUGGAUGAUAAUAUUAUAAAUGAUAAUAAUAUUAUAAAUGAUAAUAAUAUUAAUGAUCAUAUUAUAAAUGAUAAUAAUAUGAAUUUAAAUAUCAGCUAUAAUAAUAUUAAUAAAGAUAUAAAUAGUGACCCUAAUAAUAUUAUUAAAAAAGAAAAUAUCUAUCAAAGCUUUCCAAUUUAUCAAAUAAAAAAUUUUUCAAAAGAUAAUGAAAAGAAAAAAAAUUCUCUAUUAUUAAAUAUUAUGAAUAAAAUUAUAAAUCUAUGUCAUAGAAAAUAUAAUAAUGUAUCAAUAAUAAAUAAAUUCUUUUUAGCUAUAUUAUUAUAUGAAAAUAAAUUUUAUAAAAAAUCUAUCAAGUUAAUUAAAAAAAUUAUAAAACGAUCAGAUUACGAUUUCUUAACUAUAUUAUGCAUGCAACUAUUAUUAUAUCAUAAAGUAAACAAUAAAUUUUAUCAUCUCUGUUCUUCUUUCUUUUUAUCAAACAAGUAUAUCAAAAUUAUGCCUUUUAAAAAUAUGAACAUUAAUUUUACAUCUUUUUAUAAUUUCCAAUAUUAUUUAUUUUCCUUGAAUAAUAAUCAUUCAAUCCUUAAUUUAGAACAAAGAAAGAAUUAUGACGCACAUUUUUAUGAUGCUUUAAAAAAUAAGGUAAUAUACUUAUUAGAUGAUUUAUUAAAUAUUCAAAUAGAUGAAAAUAAUAAGAAUAAUAAAAACGAUGAACAAAUUAAAAAUGACACAGUGUCAGAAGGAAAUGAUAUAUAUGAAAAUAGACAUACACAAAAUGAAAUAAAAAAAUCACAAAAUAUAAAUUCAUAUAAUUCGUCACAUAUUUAUAAUAUUGAUCCGAAAAUUUUAUCAUGUAUUAAUAAGAACAAAUUAAUAAAAAUGAAAACACAGAAAUUUUGUGAGGAAAACUAUUUUUUUCAUAUUAAUAAAUAUUUUUUAAAAAGUUUGAAAAAAUAUAAUUUCCAUAUUUCAAUAAAUCAAAAAAAUAAUCAUAUAUAUAUCCCAAAAACAAAUAUUAAAAUAUUAAUUCAAUCGAAUUAUAACUUGUAUAUGUUUAUGUCAAAUAUGAUUUUUGAUAAUAUAGAUGAUAAAGAAGAAAAAGAUGAAAGUAAUAUAAGUGAAAAUAUACAUGAUAAUAGUUCAUAUGAUAACAAUAAUAACCAUAACAAUUGUAAUAAUAAUAAUAAUAACUAUCAUAUAAGUGGUGAAAAUAAAAUAUUUAAUAAAAACAUUGAACACAUAGAAUUAUUACUUAAUUUUAAAUUAAAAAAAAAAAUAGAUAAUCAAUGUUAUAUUGGAAACAUAAAGAAAAAAAAAAAAAUAAAUAAGUACAAAAAAGAUACCAAGAGACUUAAAAAAUUAUGUGUUCAGUAUGAAGAAAAAUUAGAUUUAUUUAUUUAUUCUGCAUUUACUCAAAAUGUAUAUAUUGAUGAAAUUAUUUUACAAUUAUCUAAUGAAAAAGAAAAUAAAAAUAAAAAUAAAAAAAUCUUAUAUGUUCAUUUCAAAAAUCAAAAUGAUGAUUAUAAUAAAUAUAUUAUAAAAGAAGGUUUGAAUCAUAUUAAAUUAAAUAUUAUUAACCUUUUGGAAUCAAAAAAAAUAAGUUGGAAACAUUUUUAUUAUAAAGUGAAAUAUGUCUUUCUUGUUAUUAAUAAUUUUGCUUUGUAUCAUAAAAUAGGUGUUAUUCCUAAUAAAAAUUUAAUUCAACCAUUUAUAAAGUCAUAUAGCAGAUUUAUAACAUCAAAUUUUAUAGUAAUCAAUCAGAACGAAAAUAAUAAGAAUAAUAUAAUUAAUACUACUACUCUUGGUAGUAAUCAAUCUAUAUAUAGUAAUUUUUUCAUUGAUCAAUUAUUAAGUCCAUUAUAUAUUAAAAUUGAAACAUUGAAUUCUAUAUUGAAUUGUAAUAUGUUAGCUUCUUUUCUAAACAGCACAUCAUUAAUUUAUGAUAACAUGAAUUAUAUCAAACUGGUUAUUAAUAAUAAUUACAAUAAUUACAACAAUUACAACAAUUGCAAUAGUAAUUACAACAGUUACAAUAAUAAUUAUUAUUAUAAUAAUUUUUAUCAAAAUCAACUUUUAUUUUCAAACAUAAAUAUGUAUGAUACAACAAAUGAAGAUCAUAAAUUUAUUCCAAACGAUUUUUAUAAAAAAAAUAUUCAUGUUUUGAUUAAUAAAAUGGAUCAAGAUCCAAAUUAUUAUAAGAAUGAAUUUUUCACAUCAACAGAUUCAAUUCUUUUUUAUGUCGAAAAAAAUGAAGAAGACAAUAUAUGUAUUGAUCAAAUUAAAAUAUUAGAUGAAGAUGAUAUUAAUCAUUUGAAUGAAAAAAAUAAUAACGUUCAGGGUGUAGCAAAAAUUUCAAAUAAUAAUUAUAAUAAUCAUAUUGACCACUCAAAUUAUUUUCUUUGGAAUAAUCAACCAUUUUUUAAUGAAAAUAAAAAUUUAUUAAAUCAUAAAAAUUUUGAAAAAGUUUAUGCUAUAAUAUCAUUUAUGCCAACUAAAAAAAAAAUUAACAAUUAUAAUGUUCAUAAUUAUUUAGGACAACAUACAAAUAUUGAUCAUUUAACUAGUCGACAUGAACAAAUAAAUGAUAAUUCAACAGAUAGACAAAAUAACAAUAAUAUUUCUCCUUUACAUACAAAUCAUAAUAACAUUAAUAAUUUAUAUGGUAUUCCAAAUUUAUGUUAUGAUAAAAUAACCAUAAAAUGCAUAAUAAACAUAAACUUAUCUAAUAUAAAAAGAAAAGUAAGAAAAACGGAUACACUUAAAUUAUUAAACGUUCAUUUUAUGGGGGAAAUGAUAUUUGAUCAUUUUAAUAAACAUUAUGAUGAUAAACAGGAACGUGAAGAUUUAAAUGAACAUAUAAAUGGACAUAUAAAUGAACAUAUAAAUGAACAUAUAAAUGAAAAUACAAAUGAACAUAUAAAUGAACAUAUAAAUGAAAAUAUAAAUGAACAUAUAAAUAAACAUAUAUAUGAAGACAAUAUAUAUAGUGAAUUCUAUUUAAAUAAUCAAAUAUUUUUAGAAAAAACGUUUAAUAUUGUUAAUAUCUUCCAUGAUCAAAUUAAUACAUAUCGAUCAACCAACGGAAUGAUGUAUGAAUUAGUUAUGAAAUUACAUAAUGAUAAUUAUCCUAUAUAUUUAAAAAACUUACAUAUUUCUAUUUUAAAAAAUUUAAAUACACAUAUAAAAAAUACCAAAAUUUUUUUUUUAACCCAAAAUAAUGAUGAAAAAAAAUAUCAAAGCACAUAUUCUAUUGAAAACGAAAAAAUGGAUCUAGAACAUUCAGAUGAAAGUAAUUUUACCUUAUGCAGUGAAAUUAAAAAUAAGGAAAAAGUUAUUUCUUUUGAAAAUCAUGAUAAUUCAUUUGUUGAACAAGAUAAUAAUUAUUUCAUUGAUCAAGUUCAUAUUAAUACAGUUCUUAAAGGAGGAGCAAGUAUUUUCUUCUUAUUUGAAGUAUAUUAUAAUAAUGAUAUACAAAAUAAUAAUACAUCAAUAAAUUAUAGAGAUUAUCAAAAUACAAUAGGUAAUAUACAUAUAACAUAUAUAUAUAAAAAUCAAACCAUUUUAAAAUUUUUGGAAAAACAAACAAUUAAAGAAUAUAUGUAUAAAUUUCAUACAUUAAUUCCUCAAUUUUUAUUACCAAUUAAUGUAUCUUAUAAUAUACCAAAAACAGGAAUGCUUCAUUCCAAUAUAAAUAUUAAUAUAAAUAUAUCAAAUAAUAUCAAUGAAGAUAUAUAUAUGAAAUAUUAUAUAUCCACACAUAAUAAUCAAAUGCAUAAUACAGAAAAUCAAUAUAACUGGCUCAUAAAUGGAUUUCAAAAAAAAAUUAUUCUUAUAUCAAAAAAUUCUUCUCAUAAUAUCAAUUUAAUAAUAACACCCUUAAAAGUAGGUUUAAUUAAUUUCCCUCCUAUUUCUUAUUUUUUAAAUAUUAAUAACAACUGGAUAGAUAUUACCAAAAUAUUGAAUAAAAGUGAAAAUUUUCAAGUCAUAGUUUCACCUUCCCUUCAGUUUACUCCAAAGGUAUGGCAAAUAAUGUAA